GCGCCGCAUUGAUCAUGCAUGACUUCUGUGGCUGGGUCACUUUCCGGUUGGGAAGGUCCACACGUUGUCUCACAACUACAAAAGGGCCGUCUGCCUGUCUGUCGUUCUUUACUUUUCCCGUCUGAUUUUCAACUGCUCCAAGGCCUGGUCCUGAUUGCAAUUCGUGCUCUAGCUAGCACUUACUUACAACUCUCGCUUGCAUUCACUCACUGUCGACGUCCAUCUUUUAAAAACACUUUUGAUCAUCAUGAAAUUUUCUCUGGUGAUAGCUUCUCUGCUGGUACUGCCGUUUGCAGCUGCCGCCCCAACUUGCUCCCUUAGAUCAUCAUCUGCUGCUAGUGCCAGUACACCUACCUCGACUACCACCUCUACCUCUGCCUCUGGGCCAGUGUCUACUUCAACGCCUGUGAACCCUGGUAAUGGAUCUAUCGCAAUGGCCUGGUUUGCCAACUGGCACACCGACUACACGGUUGCCGACAUCAAGUGGGAGGGCUUCAAUAGAAUGGCUUACUUCGGAGCUAUCACUUCCGCUAGUGGAACUGCUAUAAUGACUGUCAGUGACAGCGCCCCUAGCGGUCCUGUCACCUUCGUUGCUGCCGCCAAGCAAAAUAACGUUGUCCCCGUAUUGACUAUUGGUGGUUGGGAUGGUUCCAUAUAUUUCUCAUCUUCUAUCUCCACCUCAAGCAACCGUACGACUUUCGUCCAGUCGAUCGUCAGCAUGGUGAAUAAGUAUGGCUUCCAAGGUGUCGAGUUCGACUGGGAGUACCCCGGUAGUGCCAACGGUCUUUCUUGCAACACACAGUCGUCUCAGGAUACUGCCAAUCUUCUGUCUACGCUCCAGGAGCUGAAGACGGCGUUACCGAAUGUGUCUUUCUCUGCUGCUACCCCUGUCAAGCCAUGGAACGAUGCUACGGGGAACCCAUCGACUGACCUCACCAGUUUUGCCCAGGUUUUGGAUUACGUCGAAAUCAUGAACUACGACGUGUAUGGCGACGGUUUCAGCAAGGUCGUAGGCCCCAACUCUCCUUUAGACGACUCCUGUGCUCCGGCUGCUGACCAAACUGGCUCUGCAACUUCUGCCGUCAAGCUCUGGACUGCUGCAGGGUUCUCUGCUUCCCAAAUCGUUCUUGGUGUGCCUAGCUACGGACAUGGCUACUCCAUCAGCCAAUCUGCAGCUGUCCAGGCUAACACGUUGGCCUCAUACCCCACCUUUAACACCAACAACCCCAUCCUCGGUGACAGCUGGGAUGCUGCUGGUCCAGAUGCUUGCGGUGUAAACCAGCCUGCUUCCGGGGACUUCAACUUCUGGGGACUCAUUGAUGCCGGUUUCCUGAACCAGGACGGUAGCGUCGCUUCUGGUAUGACCAGCCGUUUCGACAACUGCAGCCAGACGCCAUACGUCUACAACCCCAACACACAGAUUAUGGUAGCUUACGAUGAUGCUCAAUCCUUCACUGCAAAGGGCAAAUUCAUUAAACAGGCUGGCCUGGCUGGUUUCGCCCUGUGGGAGGUGGGCGGCGACUACAACAACAUUCUUUUGAACGCCAUCAAUGGCGCUAUCUCUGGCUCGUCAUGAUUACCACCCUGCGAUGAUUGAUUCAUCUGGACCUCACACUCACGCCACUUACCAUACCAAAUAUUGUACAGCAAUGCGGUUGAUCCGCUCAAAUUACUCAAGAGUUUUGAUACCUGCUGGGAUCGGGGUUAUCUGGAAUAGCAUGUUACGGGCUUAUAUUCGCAUUUGUAUUACUUGCUAGACAUGCAUACUUUGCUGUACUUUAUGUGCUGACAUCUUACAACAAAAUUGGCCUGCGUUACUAGUUUGCUUCUUCGCGUCCGACUAUGUAAUAGAAGGCGCCAUAAUACUAGUACUUA